AUGCAGCAGAAAACAGAGAAACUGCAGGAAAUAGCCAGAUCAACAGGGCUAGAGGUCAAAAUCAGCAAAACAAAAUUCAGGAUCAAUUCACGCCCCAGAAAAGUCAUCCACAUAGAAGGGCAAGCCAUCGAAGAAUUUGACCGCUUCACAUACCUGGGCAGCAUUGUCAGCAAGACAGGAGGUGCAGAAGAGGACAUCAAGGCCAGAAUAGGGAAAGCACACCACACAUUUGUGACACUGAGACCAGUGUGGAACAAUCGGAACAUCUACUGGAAAACAAAGAUCAGGCUCUUUAAUACCAAUGUCAAGAUAGUCCUCCUUUAUGGCGCUGAAACCUGGAAAAGGACUAGACGCCUGGACCAGAGUCUGGAAGUAUUUAUGAACAAAUGUUUCAGGCAGAUCCUAAGGAAGGCCAGAGAAGUUUUCAAACCAGGACAUAUAAGCAACAACAGGGCAGCAAGCGGUUACGAACUCCAUACUAUAGAAGAAGUGGAGAUGGAUCGGACACACGCUGCGAAGAACCCAGCCCAACAUAGCAAGGCAAGCCCUGGAUUGGAACCCUCAAGGACAAAGAAGAAGAGGUAG